AUGGAGUCACUCGAUCCGCCCGUCGCGGGUGAUGACUCAGCACCACCCGGCCGUUUCCACUCACCGCCCCCGGCCUCGCCUUCCCCCCAAUCCUUAAUAAGCUCUUCUCCUCCGCCUCGCUUUCAUCCUGCUUACAGCAUCAUCGCUUACCUCAUUCGCAUCUACACUUCAUCGACUGGCGCUCAACUGCCUCGUCUGAACGAUUUGUCGUCACUCACUGGUAGGGAAUUGGACGCGUCUAACACCGUCCUCAUCCCUCUCGUACCCCUUGAAAACCCAUCCGGCCCAUCGAUGCAGCCUGCUUUGGCUCCGGCGCCGCAUCCAAGCAUGCAGACUUCUGCUCAGGACCAUGCAGACCAGGUGCUCCAUGACCAGCUCCUAGCUGCUCAGCACCACCUUCAGGGCGGGCGCCCUGCGCCCGGUCCGCAGCAGCACCUGCAGCCCAACACGGCCAGCCCGCGCGACCAGACCAACAUUGACCCGGCGAUCUCGGGCGUGCUCGGCGGGCCUCCACAGACUCCCCCUCCAGCUCAGCACCAGCACUCUUCCCCGGAAGACAAUACCCCGAAAUCGUACGGCAAGCGAGAGCUGUCGACGUCCAAGCGCGCCGCUCAGAACCGUGCUGCUCAGCGAGCGUUCCGUCAGCGCAAGGAAAACUAUAUCCGCAAAUUGGAGGAAGAAGUCAAGACACUCGAUAACCUCAGAGAGAAGGCAAAUUCCUUGGCUGGUGAGAACUAUCAGCUGCGGGAAUACGUGAUCAACCUGCAGUCACGCCUCCUGGAAGCACAGGGUGAAGUUCCCGAGCUCCCUCCGAACAUCGAUCUGACCCAGGCACGCGAGAAUUAUCUCGGAGGUGCCUCUGCGUCCGCCACGGCCCCGCCACAGGGCCAGCACCUUGGCGCGGCCCCAAACGAUGACAUGAACUCGCUGAACCGGAUUGCCGUGGCCGGUCUCGGCAUGCGCAAGCACCCGGACGAGACCAGCUUCAUGGGCAACAACUUCCAGCCGAACAAGCGCCUGCGCGGCGACGACAACCAGGGCGACGGGGACGUCAAGAACGAGACCCAUGGACUCCCCAUGGCUUGA